CUCCGCCCGCAGCUCCCAGCGCGGCUCCCGCGGGCCAUGGCCGCCGCCUUCGCCCCCAAGCUCGGCCGGAGCCUGGCGAGCCCGGACCCGCCCCACGGCCCCGGCUACGCCGGUUACUGCCCUCGCUCCCCGUUCAGCCUGGGGAAGAGCUGCGGGCAGCUCCUGAGCAGCCCCGAGGUCGCUGGCUCCAGCCAGCCGGAGCUGCAGCCCGCCCGUUGGCCCUGCGCUGGGGCCCUGCCCGUGGAGCAGGCAGAGGAGCUGCUGGGGACGAGGCCGGCCUGCUGGGGGGCAGGAGCUCGCCCGCUGGGGUGCUGCGUGAUCCCGGGCUACACAGGAUUCAUUCCCAGAGCCCAGAACCUCUUCGCCAAGACCUACUCCGAGAUCUGCAAGGAGGCCAGGAGUGACUUUGCCAGGCAGCAGCUGAGAGCCGCAGGCAGGGAGCAGGAGCUGCAGAACGCAGGGCGGCUGCCCCAGGGCACCAAGAGCAACCUCCUCACCGCCAAGUACAGGACUCCGGUCCCGGCAGGCUCUGCAGCGGCUGCCCCGUACGUCUCUCCCUUCGCCUUCCAACCGCAGGGCUCCCCCUAUUCCAUGGAGGACAACAACCCCCACAAGUGCUUCAUCUCGGGUUUCACCGGCUUUGUGCCCCGCGCCCGCUUCCUGAUCGGGGCAGGCUACCCGCUGACCACCCACCGCGCCCUGGUGGAGUUUGGCCAGGCCAGAGGGCGCAGGCCUGACCCAGUCCUUCCGCCGCUGCUGAAGUCGUACCCCACGGACAUGGGGCUGCUGCCCCACUACGCAGGCUACGUGCCAGGCUACAAGUUCCAGUUUGGCCACACCUACGGCCAGCUCACCCACAACGCCCUGGGGCUCAGCACCCUGGAGAAGCAGGUGGCCGACUAGCGCCCGGGGCUGGACCGGUUCCUUCCCGCAGCUGUUGGGAGCCUGCCCCGCCGUGGGCACGAGCAAUAAAGAGAAGGAGCCACAAACUCUGCUGCCCUCCCCUGUGAACGAGGGGAGCGUCGC